AUAGCGGGUAAACACCGGUAAACGAGGGAACAGUCACGGCAAACAGUUUUGAUACUGAAAAAGCCAACAAAUACGAUCUCACAUAGGUUAUAUCUGAGAUACAAUGCCGCGUAAACCACAUAGUGGAAUCAACCUGGAAUGGGCAGAGCCAGAGGAUGGUGAUCGCUGUGACGAAGAGAUCAUGGCACAAGAGGAGGACGGCGAAGACGAGGAUUCAGAACUCGUGCAACCUCGACCAAGCACUCCCACGGAUAAUGAGAGUGACCAAUCAGACUGUGAUAUUAGCAAAGUGGAGAGUUCCGAGGAGAACGACAAUGACAGGUCCAAAUCAUCAAAGAGCACCCACCGAACUCAGUACGUUUUUAGUAAAAAUAAAUCGACAAAGUGGACACUGUCACCACCAGCUCAGGUGAAAAAAAAGAGGCACAAUCAGGUGUCUCGUUUACCAGCAGUGAAAAACACUGCGAAAGAUUCCCUAACCCCCCUGGAAUGUUGGGAAUUAUUUUUCCCAGAGGACACAAUUGACAAAAUGGUGUACCACACAAAUCUCUAUCUAAAUAGAAUUCGAGGUGCUUUCGAGCGUGAAACAGAUGCUCGUGCAACUGAUGCCAUUGAAAUGAGAGCUCUCCUUGGUAUACUGUACAUGUUGGGUGUGCAGAAGGCUGGUCACUUAAAUUUAAAAGAGAUAUGGGUUACAGAUGGCACAGCCCCUGAUUUUUUUCGCGCUGUCAUGAGCCUCAAGCGAUUUUAUCAGCUGCUUUCAGCCCUCAGAUUCGACGACUUGAGUACGAGGAAGGAAAGGAUCGAGGUGGACAGACUAGCACCGAUCAGAGAGUUCUUUGAAGAGUUCAACGAGAAAUGCCAGAGCCACUACACACCUGGACAGAGUGUAGUCAUUGACGAGAUGUCCGAGAGCUUCAAGGGACGAUGUAACUUUCGACAAUACAUGCCCACCAAGGCAUCAAAGUAUGGACUGAAGAUCUAUGCUCUGGUGGAUGCUCAAAUGUUUUACACGGUGAAAAUGGAAGUGUACGUGGGGAAACAGCCAGAGGGGCCUUACAAACUACCCAGCACCAGUCAGAGUCUUGUCGAACGACUCGCUCUCCCAGUAUUGAAUUCUGGACGUAACAUCACCACAAGUCAAUCCUUUACAUCACUGGCGUCGACUCUCUCCCUCCUGAGGAAUUAUCGAACUACUUUGGUCGGCACUAUCAAGAAAAACAACGCAGAUGUACCUCCUGAACUCACUGCUGUGCAAAAGAGGCCAGUCUCCAGCAGCCUCUUCUGCUUCACAGAUGAAUGCACCUUGGUGUCGUAUGUGCCCAAGAAAUCAAGGAAUGUGCUGCUGUUGUCGUCGCUACACCACGAUGACAAAAUUGAUGAGGAGACUGGCUCACGUCAGAAGCCAGAGAUUAUGACGUUCUACAAUGCCACUAAGGGAGGUGUGGAUGUUGUUGACGAGUUGAAGGGUAAUUACUCGGUGAAUAGAGAGACUCGUCGCUGGCCUAUGGUUGUUUUCUACGGUCUCAUGAACAUUGCUGGGAUCAAUUCACAAAUUAUUUAUCGAGAGAACACUGGUGCCAAGAUCACUCGUCGUGCCUACUUGAGUGACUUGGCUAAGAGCUUGGUGUUACCUCAGCUCAAUAGACGCUUCACCAUACGUACUCUGGGCCCUGAAUUACGGGGAGUCAUCAGAAAGGUGGCGCAAAUACCGAAUGAGGUUCUGGAGUUCGAUGAUGGACAGACUCAGGGAUAUUGUCCUUAUUGCCCAAGACGUGCCAACAAGAGAUCGAAGAAGAGAUGUCACAUAUGCCACAAGUUCAUUUGCCCUUCUCACACGAGUUAUACGUGCGGAGCUUGUGAACAAUCCCGUUUCACGGAAGAGGAGAAAAUCAAAGAAGAAGUGGAAGAUUUGUACGUUUAAAAUGAGGCAGGGGCGAGUGGAGCGAAAUGGAUACUUUCAGGAUACUGGAUUAAUAGUUUACAGAAUAUUUCAUCGAUUAGAAGAAAAUAUACAGCUCCAGAAAGAGGUAAUGUUGAUGAUGCUCUUUUACACGGGGAGAAAUAUCCAAUAAAAAUUACGUAUCUU